GUGGCAGUUUGCGGGGUUCGGCGGCAAGACUCCACUUUAUCGCGCUUAUCGCCAAGAUGUCGGCUUACCUCGAGUACGAUCACUGUCGUGUGUUAUCGGUUCCAGUCGGGAUGAGAUAGACGCGGAGACUGGGAAAUCCCCCUCUCGGACACAUCUAGCUUUGGUUUCCUAAGUCAUAAGAAGCCAAAUGGAUGAGCCCACACCCAGUUCGGGGCGUCAGAAACGGCCCCGCGUGGCGGAAGAGAAGCGCAAAAGAGCUGUGCGAGCAUGCGAUUGGUGUCGAAGAGUAAAGGAGAAAUGUGAAGGGGGUGUACCGUGUCGGCGAUGUUCUCGUUAUCAACGUCAAUGCGUGUUUAACACCCUUCCGGACCACGGAGAUAGGGCUUCCAGGGCGUCUGUUGAUCGGAGCCUAGAACUCACAGCGAGCCUCAGUCGUGACGAUGUCACAGAGGCACAGCGGGUGCGGUACAUGGAAGAGAUCUUGGCGCAUUAUGUUCCAAAUAUCUCUUUUGAUAUUCAGUCACUAAAGAGGUUUGCUGAGGACCUCCAACUCCAGCAUCGCGGGUCAGAUAAGGAUGGUCCGGCUACACAGGUAGAACUGGAUGAGCUGGAAGACCUGGCGAUUGAUGAUGAGGACUUUACGAUCAAAGCUCUUCCUGACAACACGACACAGUAUUCUGGCGAAUUCUCUUAUCUAAAUUUCUCCAUGAAGAUUCGACGGAAAAUCGACGAGUGGAUGCAGACAUCGGCUCCAGACGAUACACCAGAAACAGAUCACUUUGAGGAAACAUGGCGAUCGACGCAAUUGCAGUCUGGAUCAGCUCUCGUGUCCGCAUCGAUAACAUGCCUUCCGCCACGAUAUGUCGCGGACUUCUUAGUGCAAACGUUUUUCAAAUAUGCGCAAACUAAUAAUUUCUAUGUUGAAGAGGAUUGGCUGUGUGAGAAAGUGAACACUUGCUAUACCAACCCAGCCGUCCUUUCCUCGAAGGACGCAGGCUCUGUCUGCGCGAUCUUGAUGGUCUUGGCUAUCGGUACGCAGUUUGCGCACAUGGACUCGCCAAAGCAGGUGAAUAAGGUUGUGGACCCAAAUUCCGCUGAUGACCACCGCUUCUCGGAAGACGAAGUCGGGCUUACAUUUUAUAAAUUUGCGUCCAAACUUCUACCAGAUAUUAUCACCACGGCGUCCGUCAGGAGUGUCCAGGCAUGUCUGCUCAUUGGGACAUAUCUACUACCCCUCGACACCUCAGGCCUCUCUUAUACUUACUAUGGGCUCGCGCUAAAAAUGGCAAUCCAAAACGGGAUGCACCGGAAGUAUACCGGACCGGGCCUAGAUUCAAGAAUGGUUGAGGUUAGGAAUCGGGUAUUCUGGACUGCAUACACGAUAGAGAAGCGUAUCAGUAUUCUCCAUGGAAGGCCUUCUUCCAUGUCACAAGAAGACGUGGACGCGGAAUUUCCAGUGGAUCUUCCGAGUUUGCGGCCAUCUGGACAGCUCUCCAACUAUACUAACAUGGUCGCGUUGAUUAAGUUGACUUUGCGGCUCGCAGAUAUUGCGAACGAAAUAUCCUCCCUGCGAAGAUGCCGAAAAGGUCAGCAAUCGGACUGUCUCGACAAACUUCUAACCCGGAGAAGACAGCUUAUGGAGUGGUGGGCGACGCUUCCAGAGGAGACAUAUUGCCGGGAUCUAAACCCUCUAAGUGGCCACUUCCGUUCGAAUGUACACUUGAGACUAGACUACUGUUUGACACGGAUCUUUAUCGGACGACCGUUUCUCUUCAGCAACAUGAAAGGUAUUAAUCGCGUAAUCACCACGGGUUCCCAACAGAAGACCCAAACCGCUCGCUCUAAGGGGCGCUCGACCUUGGUCACCGACUGCGUUGAAGCAGCCCUCGAAAUCAUAGAUUUGUGCCGUCUCUUGCGUGACGAGACUGGCCUCGCACGCGCCUCUUAUACUGAGUUCAGUUCGUGCCGUGCUGCGCUCCUCGUCAUUUUAGCGCAGAGUCUCACAAAAAGAACGGAUCGUUUGCGAAAUGCGUUGGAGACAGGGAUGGGGUUGAUCAAGAUCAUGUCUAUGGGUGUUGGGUCUGCGAGGUCUGCUGUGAAUGUAAUUGAGGCUCUCGAGCGCGCCAUCCGUCGUUUGGAUUCGUGGGACCAAAUGCAGAGGCAAAGCAAUGAGGCCGCAGAUUCUGGGUACGAGCGUUUUAAGAACUGGGAAAUGCUUUGGAAGACGGGGCCACUAUCACCUGCGAUAUCUGCUGCUGCAAUCCACGGCCAGGUACCCAACGACACAGUCCGAGCGACAUCGGGACCAGAACUGUCCUCUGUCCUAGGCGUUGGUAUCAAUACUCCCUCUCAUGCAAAUGAGGAUCCCAAGGACCCACACGCCACUGAAUUCUCAGUUUCACCACCUUCGCGGUCGAUGCCGACCUUUGCUUUCGAAGGGUUCGUAUCUAAUUUCCCGCAGGAGCUAGGCGAGUUUAACGCCAUUCCAUGCUUCGAAGGGGAUACACAGCAAGGCCUUGGAAGCGAUCUAGACCACCCAUCCACGGCGGACACUCGAUGGAUGCAAUUCAUGAAUGAUUAGUUUGAAUAGCCUUUACGAUGUAAUACUAUUCAACUGGCUCGGCCUCGGCCUCCGGAAUCCUCCACCCGGGCCUUGCCCCCGGGAUAAACACAAGGAGCCCAAUGCUCCGCCGACAAAUCAGUAGGGCACUUUGCGACGCCUGCUAGAUCAAUCCAUACACGCGUAUACUAUAUUAGAAUCCUUCUGCAUGUCGGGAGGGGUCCUAGACAACUUGCUAAUGCCAUUGCUUCCUUGAGUUG